AUGUCGAGCGACGAGAGCACUGAUAAAGAGGUAUGUCUUAAUGUAUUUUGUCUUCUUUUUAGGUAUCAGGAAAAGUUAUUGUUAUGCAAAAUUAUUUGUCAAAUUUCUUCGAAAGAACGAGAUCUUCGAAAUUUUCCGUCUUUUAAAGCUAAAUUAAAGCUUGUUGCCCUCCUUUUACUCUUGAAGGUUCAGAAAUUGUAUUCUUACACUAUUUUCAAGGAGUGGACCAAAAAUGAUUUUUUUUUUCCAAAAUUUGGAAAAAUUCCUGAUCUGCAGUAUAACAUAACAUGGCUAAUUUUCCUUGGUUUCAGUGCCCUUUGUGCAUGGAGCCCUUCGACUUCGAUGAUGUGCACUUUUAUCCCUGCACAUGCCAAUAUCAAGUAAGUUUUUUAUAUAUUUUCUGUUGUUUCUGUGUUUUGGGUCUUGUGCGAUUAUAAGACGUCAAUUUGGUCCACGUUAUGGCCACAAAUCCACCAUAAUUUGCUAUACAAUAUACGAAUCAUGUCUCUUUGCUUCAGAUAUGUCGGUUUUGCUGGCAUCGUAUACGAGAAGACGAGAACGGGCUUUGUCCGGCCUGUCGACAACCCUACUCGGAUCAACCGGUCACAUUCCAACCGCUCAGCACCACCGAUAUGCAGCGAAUCAAGACCGAGAAGAAGCAAUCCAAGCAGAAAUCGAAGCCGGCCGACUGUCGAAAGCAUCUAGCCAAUUACAGGGUACUCCAAAAGAACCUGGUCUACGUGGUUGGAUUGUCGAAUCGAAUGGCUGAUGUGGAGAUCCUGAAGAAACCGGACUACUUUGGGAAGUACGGGAAGGUGUUGAAGAUUGCUGUAGGGGCGGCUGUACAACUGAAUCCGAGCCAACCUCCGUCCUGCACGGCUUACGUUACUUAUGAGAAGGUGGAAUCCGCCCUAAGGGCAAUUGAGGUAAGAGUUUCUUUUUUUUUGCUUGAACUUUAGGGGAGACUCCGCGAUAUUUUCGGAUAUGGCUAAAAUUUUUUGAAUACGAAAAAAUAAAUCGACAGGUUUUGCUCUGUGAAUGUAAAUAGGGAAUGGUUAACUUUUAUUUUGCAGGCCGUCAACAAUCUCAUAGUGGAGGGCCGAAUGCUAAAGGCAUCCUUGGGGACCACCAAAUACUGCUCGACGUUCCUUCGAGGGUCGGCUUGUCAUAAGCCAGAAUGUAUGUACCUUCAUGAGAUCGCCGAUGAUGAGAUCUCGUUUACAAAAGAGGAUAUGCACGCUGGAAAACACACGGAAUACGAGAGAAAACUGCAUGAACAAUUGGCACAGAGAGCACGGGCAGAAACGCUGAGGAAAAGACUACAUAGACAGUCGUAGGUUGAUUUAGAUUUUUUUGUCUGAAGUUUAGAAAAGAUUUGCAUUUUUUUCGAAAUGACGGACGUGUAGAGCAAAAGACAACUAAUAUUUUUGUCAUUGAUAAUGUAGAAAGGCAUGACAAAUAGAUAAGUUGGAUGUUUCAGAGAAUCGGAACAAGUCCCGAAUACAAAGAACAAGUCCUCAUCGCCCCCAGUCUGUGAUCGUCUAGAGCCAGAACCCCCAACCACAAGCUCCGCCGUCUCCGCACCUCGGCUAGCCAGUCUAAGCGACGCCAUUGUCACAGAAACCAAAACACAGCGAAAAAAGAAGGCCAAACAAAAUUCAGAGACCAAAUCAGAAAGUGUAAGGAGAAUGUCUUGAAAGUAUUUUUUGGAUAUUUUUUUUAAUUUAGUUUUUAUAUUGUAAUUGACUUUUUUAGUCACAAGAAAGCCACAGAUCGAAAUCCCGCACAGAUUCCUCUCCCAGCAGACAAAAAGAGUCGUCCACGAGCAGAAAAUCCACUCCAGUGUCGACUUCCAGUACAGAAGACCGACCAGAAAGUGUGGAAAGGCAAAAGGUACGGAUUUUUAAAAGUUGUGUUUUGUUUUGGUGUUUAGGAUGGCUUCAAAGCUUGGGCUUUCGACCAAAAAAUGUGCGAAAUGUGUGAGGUAGUGAUGGCUUUAUUUUCAGGACACCCGCUCCAUAUCUGCGUCCCCCGCGAGCGUUCCAUCCAAACCUCCAGGCUUCGAGCACUACGAACCUGUCCCCUCAUCGACUCCUUCGGACUCGAAUAAGGAGAAUGAGGCCGAUCCGGAGCCCGAAGAAAUCGCGGCAGAGCCGGCCAAAUAUACUACUUGUGAUGAGCUGGAACGCAUGAUUCUGGCUCAACACCCCGCCGCAAAGGACGAAGGGCCCAUGCCAAGUGGAUUCCCGGCCAGCAGCUACAAUUUCGAUGAUGAUUUGGGCUUCGAUCCCUUCUCAGAGUCGUCCAAAGGCCUGGCGGACCUUGUACUUGAAGAAAAGACGAUGUAAGUUUUAACAGUUGAUGUUGUAGGUGUCUAAAUUACAUGGUUUAGCAGUUAUCUUUGUCCGGAUUUCAGAAUUUAGUCAUUGAUUGGAGUUUUCAGAGCAAAAAUUAUGAUAGAAUAGACAGUUGAGGGCAAGGAGAUACAAUUUUUUUGUAAGAAUAUGAUUGAUUUUUACUUUCAGGCCAAAAGAGACCCCUCCACCAGUUCAUCGACGUCUCCCCGCCUUCCCGAAUGCCGCACAGACCAAUGCCGCGACCCAACAAAGGCUAGAAGAGAUGUUUGCGAAUGCCAGACAUCAACCACAAGGGCAACAUCACAGCCUUGUGGGCAUGAUGAUGGAUAAUACGGGCCAUCAGCAACCUCCAGCACAAUCUCAGCGCCUCUUUGAGAGGAUCCAGAACCGCCCACCGGGGCUGGAUUCGGACUGGAAAACGUCGGAAUCAACCCCUCCACUUCUUCAGUCCAUUUUCUCGGCUUAUCAAUCGAACGGCCAAUCGGGAAGCCUCCAACAACAGCAAUCUAUGUCCAGCCAACAGUCCAAUAUGGUCAGCCAACAGCAGCAGCAACAGUCCAUGGCCAACCAGCAGAGCAAUUUAGUGAAUCAGCAAUCCAGCAUGGCCAGUCAAGCACAACAGAAUGGAGUGUAUAACGCCGCCAUGCAUGAAUACCUGUACAGACAGCAUUUGAUAUUCCGCGAACAGGCUGUCGCCGCCCUCAUGGCCGCUACAAGCCAUUCCAAUUCCAUGUCCCGAGCCCCGAAUUCGCAUAGUCCAACGCCCCCUCAAGAUCAGGCGACUUUACAAAAUCCUCUGGCACAACUCUACGGCCAGUCACAAACACAGAACGUUUUGGCACAGCAAUUACAGAAGUUGCAGGCACAGUACAGACAGAUGAAUGGAGCUCAACAACCGGGGCAGGACUGGAGAGAAGGCUUUAAGGCUAUGUUGCCCAAUGUCAACGUCAGGUUCGAAGGUGAGAAAAACGGGAUAUUGAGGUUAUUUUGUGAUUUUGCGCGUUGUUUUAGGCAUUAUUGUUGGUUAUGAUUGUGAUUAUAAACCUUGACUCUAAUUUCUUUGCAGGUUCAUCCACAAAUCAAUCGAUGGAACCCGUCACAACAUCCGCCCAACAGCCCAGCUCCAAUCCCUCGGCCUCGGCGAUCUACAACGGCUACGGCCUGGGACAACAACAACAACAGCAGCUGGUCGCCGGCAUUCAAAGCCUCCUCAGUCACCAACAACAGCAGCAACAACAUCAGGCUGCCCUCUAUCAGCAACAACAAAUGCUCUACCAUCAGCACCAAAUGGCCAUGCAGAACUCGACGCUCCCCGUUCAGCCCUCCUGGGUCCCUCCCCCACCCGGAUUCCCGCAGGCUGCCACAAAUCAGGCCGACCAUUAA